CCCACCAGCAGACCAGACUCACCAGAGCGGCAGAGCCAGUGGCCCACAGUGCUGUAUCACCUAUUACCAAGUGUUACUAUGUGGCUGCACUUCAAGAGAUGAUGGAUUAACACUUCUACACAACCACUGGACGAUCAUAAGUACAGUCUGGCGCAACGACAUCGGAGAUGGGAACAUAUUCACGAUCGUUGGGUGUUCACCUGGAGGACUAUAAUCACCUCAAGUACACCAUCAGCCUUACCCGGGUGGGGCAGCGGGUCUUCUCCCAUGUCUUCUCCUGGGGCUUUAUAGGAGGUUCAGGCAGCAUUAAGGAGGCCAUCUUCAGUCUCCCUCAAUACUCUCAAGGCAAGUUUCGCAAGGACUUUAAUGCCAGCCAACGUGAAAAGAUCAUCAAAGGCGGACCAGUCUCUGAUUUUGACAUUACUUUGAUUUACAAGUUGUUGCAGUUAGUGUGUGGCUUGAGUAGUGCCAGUGACGUAGUGUGGAUAACAGAGACUUCAGACUCACUGGAGUACUAUCUUUAUGCUAUAAAAAUUAAGAGAAAUGAAAUAGCACAUGAAAACAUAAAACUGUCUCCUACAGAGAUGGUUGAAAAGUUAGAGGCACUUAGAGUAUUAUUUGUCAAAACAAUUGAGAAAGCUGAACAAAAAUAUGCCAUUGACAAAUAUACAGUGCACAGCUUAUUAAAUACCAUAAACCAACAACUGGAUGCAGUCAGAGACUCUCGUGUACCUUUGGAAACAGAAGCCGAGUACAAGAAAGAAUUAUUUGCAAGCAGAAGAUCUCAUGUGAUUGAAGAAGGAUCUAAAGAAUCUCAACAAACUUUUCAUGGUCUUUGUCAAGUAAGUGUGGCUCCUUGGCUGAUGGCAGGACAAACUGUGAAUGUCGAGAAAGUAUUCACACAACCAAGAUUAAAACGAGAUGAAACACAAAUAUUACAGAGACAGUUAUCAGCAGAAGAAAGCUAUGUGGCAGUGUGUGAUGUCCUGCAGGCAACGGAGUGUGACGGAACACAACCUCAGGUUACUUUACUUUCUGCUUUAAGUGGGAUGGGAAAGUCGACUCUACUAAAGUAUAUAAUUAACAGGGGAGUAAAUGAUCCAAUUGCUAUCAAGAACAUAGACAAUAUUGACAUGAUUAUCUUCCUAGACUGUCGCAAUGCUGCAUUUUCCUCCUUAAAUGCAAUGACUGCGCUCCUGCUACCUCGCACUGCUGCCAUGUUACAGCAGUCUGAAUUUAAACAAGUACUCCUUUCACUUGAUUUGCUUCUAGUAUUAGAUGACGUUGAUGAAUUGGACCAAAAGUCUUUCUCAAUAUUACAAGAAUUUUUGAGAGUGAUGUCACCAAGAACACGAGUUUUAGCCACAGUGUCUCGAGAAAAGACAAAGUUUGUUCGAAGAACAAUAUCAGCACUACACAAAACAGUACUUCAAUUGGAAAUUGAAGGGAUACCCGAUGAUCAAACUCUACCAUUUUUGCAACAGACUUUAUGUUAUGUUUCCCCUAAUGUUACCUCUGACCAAGAGAGUGAAUCAAAGCUCUGUCGUCUGAUAAGUUCAAAACGUCCAUGUUUGCAGGAACACUUGAGAUCUCCCGAGAUCCUGAGUCUUCUCGCUCUGAGCUGGGCGUUUGCUCCUGAUCGCCUCAACACUUCAACCACUGUCACAGAGAUCUUCAUGUUAGUGGAAGACCUUCUCAUCCACAAAGUUUUACAGAGUUUACCAGGAGCCUCACUGUCUACCAUAAGUACUCAGACUGCCAUUAGGUCAAAUCUAAAGAAAUAUCUGAUUUUACUGAGUGGUGUUGCAGCUAAAUGCUUGAGAAAUGGAAAAUUUAGCAUUGAUUCCAAGGAUCUCCUAAGACUGGCAGAUGAUUGUAAAAAAUUGGGAUUACCAGAGGAUUACCUGAUUUCAGCAUUUUUGAACUACACAAAUGACAGUAGCAGUAACUUUUCUUUGAGGAAUUGCAAGGUGUCCUUUCCUCGGCAUUCCAGCCUUCAAUAUUAUGCUGCCUGGCACAUCACUCAGAACCUUCGGGAUGCUCCACCCUCUGCAACUGUACGCCAGAUCCUAGGACUACCAUUGUCUGGUAUUGGUCAAGUUCAUGAGUCAAGCUUUCAAUCAAUGAUGAAGUAUCUAGUAGGAAUGUUGUCUGUGUUUCUCCCUGGACAGCUAAAGUCCAGGACAAUGGAAAUAGUUGACCUUUUGAAAGAUUUGGGGGUAAAAAAAGCAUCUACUUGGUUGCAGUAUAUUGAAGAGGCAAAGGAAGAAGCAACUCUAACAGGAGAAAUAUUAAGAGAGAUGGGUGAUGAGUGGGAAGUGGAAGACUUUGCUAUAUCUUCAACUCUAGUUAAUAUCCUCAAGAAAACUAAACUUAGCAAGCUAGUUCUUACCACAGUUGAAAAUCCACACAAAUACCCACAUUUACAAGAAGUUUUGAAACUUUGUGCUGGAUAUCCGAAGAUAAGACUGUCGCUCCAUCUAUACAAACACUUCUGGUCGGAUAAAACUGAGGUGUCUGACAAGUUCUUAAACACAGUGAUGAAUGAGGUGUCACCAUGUAUGUUGGAACACUUUGCUGGACGUUUGAGCUACUCAGCCAUAAGCAGACUUCCAGCCUCCCUCACUAAGUUAGCUCUCCACAUUACACCAAAUAUGUUGGAAGCUUUAAAUGGUUCACUGCCAUCCCUCAAAGCCUUACAAUUGCUUUAUUUAAACUUGGAUGCUUGUGCCAACACAGAUCCAAAGACAAUUCCAUCCCUGAAUAUCAUGGAGCGACCUGUUAUUCUCUCUGUGGAUAUGUGGAAAAUUACUAAAGCAACUAUCGAGUGGUCGUGUGAUGCUGCCAAGGCAAUAUCUAAAACUUAUGCGCGCCUGGUGCUCCGAGGAAGUGAUCUUGAUGCUGAUGGUUGUAGUGUGUGGGUGGAUAAACUGCACCAGCGUGGGGUCACAGCUUCCUGGGUCGUGGUGGGAUCUACUUGUGAUGUGAGCAAUGACCAACUUUCGUGCUUGCAGCAGUCUGCCACUAAAAUUGGGUGUGGAAAAUUUGUGUGGUUUAAAGUUUAAAUUUUUUCAGUGCUUUAAAAAUAAAAAUUUAAUCAAGGAUAAUCUUUGAAUUGUACAGGAGUAUAAGUAACGAGUUAAAUUCCACUUGUAUAAUUCAUAAUUAUGAAGGAAGUAUUGAAGGAACCGAUACUUUUAGUAGAAUCUCUCAAGGCCUUAAAUGUAGAAUUCUAGUAAUUACUGUAUCACGAACAAGAUAUUUGAAUUAAUUUUCACUUGAACCUUUAUAUUUGUACCUGAACAAUGUACUGUACUACUUUGGAUUUUGUAAAUCUAUGGAGAAUAUUGCUUUUAAUGAAUUAACAGUAAUGUUAUGAUACUGUACUUUAUAUUUUAUUGUUUAGCUGCUGCUGAAGUAUAUAGCACAGAUUUUACAAUUAAAUGGUUUAACAGAU